UUUGGAGUCACACCUACUUUGGGAGGACGCACUUCAGGACCUGCUCUCUCCUUCUCUCUCGGUUCUCAGACGCUCUCGGCUCAGGCAAUUAAAAUGGUUUUGCUCGAUAUCCUCUGUCACCCGCUGUGGGCUCUUUCCACCGCGCUGCUGGCGCUGGUCGUGCGCCUUCAGCGGAGAGGACGCUGGGAUCCACGUUCCUGCACCGUGCGCCUCAAUGGGAAGACGGCUAUAGUGACCGGAGCCAAUACAGGAAUCGGGAAGUUCAUUGCCAUGGACUUUGCACGACGUGGAGCCCGUGUCAUCCUCGCCUGUCGCAGCGAAGCCCGUGGGAUGGGAGCACUGAAGGAAAUCCGGGAGAAAACGGGAAACUCUGACAUCCACCUGCGUCUGGUGGACCUGUCUUCUCUGGACUCUGUCAGGGAGUUUGCUCAAAGGAUUGUGGAGGAGGAGAAAGCUCUGCACAUCCUUGUCAACAAUGCUGCCGUAUCAGGUUUGCCCAGGCAGAUUACCAAGGAAGGUUUUGAUAUGUCUUUUGCCACCAACCACCUGGGGCCGUUCCUUCUCACCAACCUGCUGCUGGAUCUGAUCAAGCGCUCGGCUCCGGCGCGUAUCGUCACCCUCAGCUCAGUCAACCAUAAGAAAGGUCAAGUGGACUUCUCUCAUUUUCAUGGCGAGAACCUCACGUAUUACAUGGACAAUGUCUACAACCACACGAAGCUGCACAAUAUCAUCUGUACCAAUGAACUAGCUCACCGGUUAGAGGGGACAGGUGUCACUGCAAAUUCCGUCCACCCUGGUAUUGUCAUGACAGAGGUGCUGAGACACUAUUCGUAUAGGAUCCGCUUCCUGUUAAACAUCAUUGGAUUUUUUUUUUUCAAGUCUCCAGAAGAGGGUGCAGUCAGCCCACUCUACUGCGCAGUGGCGGAGGAAACCGAGGGGAUAACUGGGAAGUAUUUUGACAGCGACUGCUCUCUGAUUCUACCCUCGGCAUUAGCACGAGACGCUGCCCUGGCAGUCAAGGACUUCGAGAUAUGUGAGAGACUGACAUCAAAGCUCUGAGACUAUUAUCAGGCAAAUGGCAGCUGACAGAAAAGGCUUAUGUUAAUCUCAUGGGAUGAAGGAAGUCUGACAUCUGGGCAAAGAGCUCUCUUUAAAACCAGCAGGCGGAUUUUCUGAAUAUAUUUCCAUAGGUAAUUACAGGGACAUGAUUUUCAAGGGAAGUAUAAAUGAAUGUUAGUUAUAUUAUUUUACAGAGAUCUAAAAUAAAUGUCACCUGAUUAGGACCACUCUAUGCUUUCUCUACAUCAAAGAGGAGAAACAUUUCCUAAAAUGACAAGUCUUUGUCAGUCCUCCUUGGCUUGGUGUGAACAACAUGUCAAAUGUGGUUAAUCACUUUGUUAUAUACUGCCCCUUUGACCAUUUCAUUAUUUCCUGUUUCAUUUUGGGAAAACUAUCUUCCUCUUAUGUCCGCUCUGGAAUCACUUCCCGUUCCAGUCUGUUUACCGCCUUUGUUAUUACCUGCUCUAAGGGCUGGAGGAUGUACUCAAACAUUUUACCUAAGUAAAAGAACAAAUAAAUACACAGAAAGUUACUCAAGUAAAAGUAAACAUAAAAGUAGAACUUCAACUUUUUUACAUUUGCUUAAGUAGAAAAGUUGAAGUUCUACUUUUAUGUUUACUUUUACGUACGUUACGUAUACGUAUAAUAUUAAAGCUAAAAGUACUUGCUCAGUAUAGCCUGUUCGCUAAUGUAUAAGUCUACUACAGCAUUAUGAGUCUCAGCCUCUUCUGAAUCCUGUUUGGAGGCGGGGUCUAACGUUACCUUCCUGACCGCUGAUUGGAUCAGUUCAUUCACCUCUCAUCAUGGAUUGCUUUAAAAAAUAUAAAUACUAAUGUAAACAUGUACAUGUAUAACUUAAUGUUCUCUUGAUGAAUUGAUAAAUUGUUUGUUCAAUAAAAUGCAAGAAAAGAG